AUUCAUUUAAGAUAUUUAUCUACUAAAGUCUAGAUGGCACAAUUGAAAAUUUGUGAUAUUGAUUAUUACAAAGUGGGUUAAUGAUGAAAAGUCCUUGAAAAUUGUAGUUUCAGCAGUGAUUCAUACGGGUCGCACCAUACCUUCACGGAUUGUGCGCUUUUGGGACCAUUCAUUCAUUCAUCUUUUUGUUAUUGUUGCGGAGGUCAAUUUUUUAUAUCGGAAGACAAAUUAAUCCAAAUUUUUGAAAAAUCUGCAAUUCUGUCACCGAAUUAGGUCUUAAGUGGAACAACAUGGCGUUAAAGAACCAAGUUGGUCAAAAAAUCAUGAAUGAAGUAAUUAAGCACAAGCCUACCAAGAAGAAUGGGCCAACCCCAGGACAGCAAGCCCAUGGGGUAGAGUGGAGGAUCCUUGUGGUGGACCAGCUUGCCAUGCGGAUGGUUUCAGCCUGCUGUAAAAUGCAUGAUAUAUCAGCAGAAGGCAUUACAUUGGUUGAAGAUAUUAUGAAGAAGAGGGAACCACUUGGUACCAUGGAAGCUGUGUACUUGAUAACUCCUUCAGAAAAGUCAGUUCAUGCUCUAAUGAACGACUUUGAACCUCCACGGCAGAUGUACAGAGGGGCACAUGUAUUUUUUACAGAAGCAUGUCCAGACCAAUUAUUUAGCACAUUGUGUCACCACCCCGUAGCAAAAUUUAUCAAAACCCUAAAAGAAAUCAACAUAGCAUUCAUUCCGACUGAGUCACAGGUGUUCUCAUUGGAUUCACCAGACACGUUCCAAUGUAGCUACGAUCCCUCGUUUUCCGCCGCCAGAAACGCCAAUAUGGAAAGAAUGGCAGAACAAAUUGCGACACUAUGUGCAACUCUAGGAGAAUACCCUCACGUCAGAUAUAGAACCGAUUGGGAAAGGAAUGUUGAGCUGGCUCAACUAAUUCAGCAAAAAUUGGACGCCUACAAAGCCGAUGAACCUACCAUGGGAGAGGGACCGGAAAAGGCGAGAUCGCAGUUGCUGAUCCUCGACCGAGGUUUCGACUGUGUAUCUCCUCUUCUUCACGAACUCACCUUCCAAGCAAUGGCCUACGACUUACUACCAAUAGAAAAUGAUGUCUAUAAGUACGAAGCAUCAGCUGGCGUUCUGAAGGAAGUCCUUCUGGACGAAAACGACGAACUUUGGGUCGAUCUACGCCACCAACACAUCGCGGUGGUGUCUCAAAGCGUCACGAAGAAUCUGAAGAAAUUCACCGACUCAAAACGCAUGACCCAGAGUGACAAGCAAUCGAUGAAGGAUCUGUCCACCAUGAUCAAAAAGAUGCCACAAUAUCAGAAGGAAUUGUCCAAGUAUGCGACGCAUCUUCAUCUCGCUGAGGACUGUAUGAAGGCCUAUCAAGGGUAUAUCGACAAGCUGUGUAAAGUUGAACAGGAUUUGGCAAUGGGAACUGACGCCGAAGGCGAGAAAAUCAAGGAUCACAUGCGCAACAUCGUCCCCAUAUUGCUAGAUCCCAAAAUCACCAAUGAAUACGAUAAGAUGCGUAUUAUAGCAUUGUACGCUAUGACGAAAAACGGUAUAACAGAUGAAAAUCUCUCUAAAUUGGCUACCCAUGCCCAAAUCAAGGACAAACAGACCAUCGCUAACCUUCAGUUACUCGGAGUCAAUGUUAUUAAUGAUGGAGGACCAAGAAAAAAACAAUAUACAGUUCCGCGCAAAGAAAGGAUUACGGAACAAACGUACCAAAUGUCAAGAUGGACACCUAUCAUUAAGGAUAUAAUGGAGGAUUGCAUAGACGACAAACUGGACCAGAAACACUACCCAUACUUGAGCGGACGAGCGCAAUCGACUGGAUACCAUGCAGCACCCUCCAGUGCCCGUUACGGCCAGUGGCACAAAGAUAGAGGCCAACAAGCCGUCAAGAACGUUCCCCGGCUGCUCGUCUUCGUCGUGGGUGGAAUCAGCUUCUCAGAGAUCAGAUGCGCCUACGAAGUGACCAACGCCCAGAAAAACUGGGAAGUAAUCAUCGGCUCGUCGCACAUACUCACUCCCGAGGACUUCCUAAGCAAUCUGGCAACGUUGGCCGGCUAGAAUCAGAUGAAAAAGGUUACUUUUAAUGUACCCGAGUAAACAGUUUUGCAGUAGUAGUUUAAAAUAAUGUAAUGAGUCUUUUUAACCACUAUUAUUUCCAAUUUGUGACAUAUAUAGAAUUAAUUUGAUCAGUAGCCGUUCAUUUUCUUUGUUACGACGGUUAAAGCUGUUCAAAAUUGACAAAUGGGCUUGAAAUUUGCACAGAAUUGUCGUACAUUCUUUUGUUGCUUUUGAAACUGUGGUACAAUCAAAGAAAAUGUUUAAAGUGCUGAAAACUCAAGGCCUUCGAUGAGUUUUUGGUUAUAAAUUUGCAAUUGUGGUCAUAAAAAGACUCAUUAGGCUUAAAAAGUAUUAUUUCCCACCGUUUUUUGUAUUUAUCCAAUAGCAGAUUUUUUUGUUUCAACUUUUUGCGUUUAUUGGGAUAUUAUUAUCGCUUUAUUUACAAAACUGUGUAAACAGUAUAAAAAAGGCGGUUUUGAGGAGUCUUCCUAAUAAAAUUAAUUUUAAAAGCCAGGGAUUUACCACAAAAAAACUUUAACAUAU